AUUGUAGGUCAGGAUAUUGGAUAUUGGAGGUCACCAAGUGCGGUGCUUUUGAAUGUAGAAUGGAGGGCGCACAUGAUAAGUUCUUUAACGAUGUUUACAGUAUCCUGCGACAAUGGGAAUUCAUAAUCCUUCGUGUUCAGACGCUACUCUUAUGGAAGCGUAUUGUUCCAAGCUUUGUUUUUACUGCACUAGUAAACUUUGUGUUUUUACCAUUUGUGAGGAGCAAACUCAGUGGAUUGUUUCUUCUCUGCUUGGUGUUGUUUGUCAUUCUGUUGUGUAAAUUGUUAAAGCCACUGGUAGCAAAGGCUAAUACUGUUCUCAGUGUCAUAGGCCCUACAUCCGAUAGUAGUGCUUAGUAUACCUCCUGAUUGUUAUGCAUGGUACUUUGUAACAUUUACACUAAUUGCGUAACAUUUCUAAAAUAUUUAAUAUUAGAUAAAUUCAAUAAACAAUAAAUUAAUAAGACUGUUCUUAAUUAUUUUAGUUUUCAAUUUUUCCUCUGGCUCAUUCUCGGAACUUGUAUCUCUUUGCCUAAGAAAUGGAAACAUUAUGUCAACUGUUGAACUUAGCCGUUGGAUAUCCAAAGGCAUAUAUGGUGCACUCAUUAUCGUUAAUAAACUUGCACAUCGUCGAAAUCAUCCUCUUUCGUUUUUCAUUAUCUCAAGUACAAUCAGUAUUGGAUGCAUUGUACUCAGUAUGUAUAUAUCUGGUGUAACUUUGGCCUAUAUGAUUCUCAAUAUUUGCUUAACUCUACCAGCACUAAUACAUCAUAAUGUUAUAUCACGGAUAUGGAAUUUGAUAAAACCUAUUUUAAUUCGUAUUGAAGCUGAAUUCGAUAAAAAUGCUUUAGAAUCUCCUGAAGAACGUGAAGCCGGUGAACGUGAACUUUAUGAACCGAUUGUUGCAGCUGCAAAUGCUGCCAAUGCUAAUCUACGUCAUAAUGAAUUAGACAGAAAUGAAUUCAUUAAACCAGAGCCUGGUCAGACAGAUACAGACGAUUUAGACACAUCUGAAGCGGUAUUUAUCAAACAGUUUGUGUCAGAUAUCAGUUCAGAAGAAUUAGAUCGGUUGUUUUCUGAAGCGCUCGGUGAACAUGAAAAUAUAUCACAGAAUAGGCGGCGCCAGAAACCAGAUUUCAUUGAUUCUCGAAGAUUUAAUGACAUAAUUGAUGAUUCAUGUAUUAAACAAGAACCAUAUUCCCCGAGUUCAUGGGCAAUGGGAAGUGAGUACGCGACGGAUGAUGAUGAAAGCAGUGAUAUCAUGAAUGAGGUCGGUACAACUUCAUAUUUGCCAAAUAAAGAAAUAGAACAUGAGGAUUUUGUGUUUAUCAGAAAAAAAGAGGGAUGAAUAGGCCGAUUACUAUUGUCUUCAUUUCACUUUCAAAUAUUUCACCGACAUAUAUAUAUAUACAUUGCAUAUACUGCAUAUAAUCUAAAUCAUACACAUUUUCGCAUUCUUCAUUACCACUCAAUGAGUUAACUAAUCAACGAAUCUGUCAGUCAUAUCAAUCAAUGUAAGAAGAAGAAUUAACUAAGCGAAGGGAAAAUAUCACCACUGCAAACUGAAAUAACAAUCGAACAAUAUUCAUUUGUGUAAAUCUAUGUGUGUGUUUCACUAUUUUGCAUAUUGUGUAGGUGUGCGUGUGCGUGUAUGUCUUUUUUCUGUCUCCCUAUUCCUUUGUAUAUGCAUUUAGAUUAUCUCCUCUUGUGGCUUUUCUUUUAAGAACGGAAAUUUCAGAAGACUGAUAUCAGGGAACAAAAGAAUAUUCUCUUCGAUAGUCUCUUCAUCAUCAUUAGGUUAUACAGUUAUAUGAGUCAAUAAUAAUUAAAGAAUUAUUAACAAUAACUGAUGUUUUAUUUCAAUUUUGAUCAUGGACUACUCAUCAUUUGCUCUGCUGCUGCUGCUGCUG